GAUUGAAACGCAGACCUGCUUGCAAGGCGGACUAUCUACCGCUGAGCAGAAGCAGCGCUGGGGACGGGGCUUUCCGCUCCAUCCAGCGCAGGUUGACUUUGAUUUCAAUGGGGCUGCCUGCCUCCCACGGAAGUGUGGGCAGAGAGGCGGCGGAGUGGAGUCCGCCGAGUCGCCGAUUGCCUCCUUGCUGCCCCUCCGAGCCCUGGGCUCUCGCUCUCUCCUCUGCCGCCCGCGGGACUCCAGGCCACAUGAUGCUUGGAGGGCCGCGCUCGCCGCCGCACGAGAAACGCACGAAGCCGCCCUCAGCCAGGAAACUUCCUUAGAUGUUGCCUCCAAGCUCAAGGCUCCGGCCAGGCGCUUCUUCUGCUCUCCCGCCUCCAUCACUGACGCGCUGGAGAUCAAUGGCUCGCGCGAUGCCCUCUCGGAACAACCCGCUCGGGGCUUCCAUGAGACGCGGGGCGCCGCCAGGAAGGAGAACAGAUCAGCGGCGACUAGGCAGGCAAGCGCCUGGCGGCUUCUUUUCCUUCCUUCCUUCUCUCCAUCCCAGGCUCGCUCCCGCCCGGCGCCCCCGCGCUUGGUCCGCUGCCCAUCCUCGUCGGUCGGUCCCAUCUCAUGCCACGCAAGGCUGGCGAGGACGGGGGCGCCUCGCUCCUGGGCCUGCUCUUCACUUGGGUACACUCGGAAUUCCCGGCAGCCCCUUUUUUGCUUUUUCGCUUUUUUAAUCAGGAGAGCGGCUUGCCUUUUGAGAGAGGUUCUCUGGGGGCUGUCCCAGUUGGGCUGCUGGAGGGGAGGCUCCUCAAGCCGGAGCAUCUUCCUUGCAGGCAGGAGGUCCUCGGUCCAAUCCCUGGCAGUAUCUACAGGCAUAAACUCUGGAUUGGAGAGGGACUCUUUGAAGGCAUUCCCACACCACUCGGAUGAGUUCACCAACAACACACUGCUAAGAGAGAACAUGGAGUCAAGAUACCCUACCCCUGAGAGUCUCAUUCUGUCAACAGAGGACAUCUUUGCUUUCCCAAUGAAUAAGAUGGGUGAGUCCCCAAAACUGACAGCUCCCCCUUACACCAACACGAGACACAUCCAACCUUCCAAGAAGAAGCCAUCCUCUUCCAAGCAAGGAAACACAGCCAGGAAACAUCAGAAACUCAGAACCACAACAGCUGCUGCCCAGCCCAGCCUGCCAACAUCGAGAGCAUCCCUUUCCAGAGACCACUUGCACACUUGGGGGGACAACAAUGACAUGAUGGCUACAGUUCACAAGGAGAAGCCCACAAUGCCAGAGCAGACCUCAUGGGGCAGCAGGAAAGGAAGCCGUGAGGUGACUAGUCACUCCCUGUUUCAAAUCUCACCAUUUACAAUGCAGCCGACAAUCCCACAGACCUUGUUUCACGGCCCCAAAGCCACAGAGCCGCUUGUGGCUGCCUUUCCAGAGGGUGAAGCCCAGAUUCCGGUCAAGAGCUCAGAGGAUGAAACGAAGAGGGGGCCUUUUUCCAAGGAGAGCCGAGACACAACCACACCCACCAUCAUCACCCCCACUGUGAUCACCACUGAGCAAACUCCAAUUCUCUGCGGCGUGAAUUUUUACGAGCCGGAAGGAUACAUAGACUCAACUGACUACCCACCUCUGCCGUGGAACCGUUUCCUGGAAUGCACCUACAAUGUGACUGUCUACACUGGAUAUGGGGUGGAACUGCAGGUGAAAAGCGUCAACCUCUCCGAGGGGGAAGUGCUGUCUAUCCGAGGCAUGGAUGAUGACCAGCUGAUAGUCCUGGCCAAUCAGACACUCCUGGUGGAGGGCCAAGUCAUACGCAGCCCCACCAAUACCAUCUCAGUCUUCUUCCGCACCUUCCAAGACGACGUGAUUGGGACUUUCCAGCUGCAUUAUCAAGUAUUUAUGCUGAGCUGCAGCUUCCCACGGAGACCAGAUUCUGGGGAAGUCACCGUCAUGGGCCUGCAUCCUGGUGGCACAGCACACUUCCACUGUCACCUGGGCUAUGAGCUGGAAGGUCCAGAAGUUCUGACCUGCAUUAAUGCUUCCAAGCCGCACUGGAGCAGCCCAGAGCCCAUCUGCUCAGCACCCUGUGGAGGAACAGUGCACAACGCCAUCAUCGGACGCAUCUUGGCCCCGACUCAUUGGAGGAAUCACACUGAGAGCAUGCUGUGCACCUGGACCAUCAGCACCCAGGGGGACCAGAAGCUCCACCUGCAUUUUGAGAGGCUCCUGCUGGGAGACAAGCAAAGCUUACUGGUCUACAACGGAGACAGCAACCAGUCGGCCGUGCUCUACAACUCCCACCAGAGCGACAGCGUCCCCUUUGAGGGGGUGAUCAGCGAGGGCACCACCUUACGCAUCGACUUUGCCUCAGAGGACCCCAGCGCCAUCCCUACGUUCAACAUCCGCUUCGAAGCUUUUGAGAAAGGUCACUGCUAUGAGCCGUACAUCCAGAAUGGGAACUUCACCGCCUCUGAUCCCACCUACAACCUUGGGACCAUUGUGGAGUUCACCUGUGAACCUGGCCACUCUCUGGAGCAAGGACCAGCCAUCAUUGAGUGCAUCAACAUCAGGGAGCCCUACUGGAAUGACACUGAGCCACUGUGCAGAGCAAUGUGCGGAGGGGAGCUCUCCACCGGGGCAGGGGUGAUCCUUUCCCCCAACUGGCCGGAGCCCUAUGCCGAGGGCGAGGACUGUGUCUGGAGGGUGCACGUCGGAGAGGAGAAGCGCAUUUUCCUGGACAUCCAGUUUCUGAACCUGAGCAACAGCGAUAUCCUCACUGUCUAUGAUGGAGACGACGUCAGCACCCACAUCUUGGGACACUACCUGGGCAGCAGUGGGCCUCAGAAACUCUACUCCUCCACGCCAGACUUGACCAUCCAGUUCCACUCGGACCCGGCUGGGCUCAUCUUUGGAAAAGGGCAGGGAUUUAUCAUGAACUACAUUGAAGUGUCGCGGAAUGACUCCUGUUCAGACUUGCCUGAAAUCCAGAACGGCUGGAAGACCACAUCUCACACAGAACUUGUUCGUGAGUCCAAGAUCACCUACCAGUGUGACCCAGGCUACGACAUUGUCGGGAGUGACACCCUCACCUGCCAGUGGGACCUCAGCUGGAGCAGCGACCCGCCCUUCUGUGAGAAAAUUAUGUACUGCACAGACCCUGGGGAGGUGGAGCACUCAGCCCGUUUGAUUUCUGACCCCGUGCUCUUGGUCGGGACCACAAUCCAGUACACCUGCAAUCCGGGCUUCGUUCUUGAAGGAAGUUCUCUCCUGACCUGUUACAGCCGCGAGACGGGGACACCCAUCUGGACCUCAAGGCUGCCCCACUGUGUUUCUGAAGAAUCCCUCGCCUGUGAGAACCCAGGCCUACCAGAAAACGGAUACCAGAUCCUCUACAAGCGCCUUUACCUACCCGGGGAGUCCCUGACAUUCAUGUGCUAUGAGGGUUUUGAGCUCAUCGGAGAGGUCACCAUCAAGUGUAUUCUGGGGCAGCCCUCCCGCUGGAGUGGGCCACUCCCUGUCUGCAAAGUGAAUCAAGACAGCUUUGAGCAUGCCUUAGAAGUAGCUGAAGCUGCCGCAGAAACGUCCUUGGAAGGGGGGAACAUGGCGCUGGCCAUCUUCAUCCCAGUGCUUGUGGUCUCUUUGCUGCUGGGGGGAGCAUACGUCUACAUCACCAGGUGCCGCUACUACUCCAGCCUGCGCCUGCCCCUCAUGUACUCUCACCCAUAUAGCCAGAUCACAGUGGAGACAGAGUUUGACAACCCAAUUUAUGAGACAGGGGAAACACGAGAAUAUGAAGUAUCCAUAUAAAGCUGACUUCGUGGAACUCUCCAGACACAGCCUUGAUUUCUUCUCCCAGAACCUCCUCAAGUGAUAAAUGUCCAGUGGAGUUUGGCUGAGAGCUUGACCAUGUUGCUCCUUCUCCUUUUGCCACCUUCCUCUCCAUCUUGAAGUUUUCUCCAGUUAUGUUCCCGGUAGUAUCACGGUUGGGUGCUGCACUCAAGAUUUGCAGGCUCUGGAGCUAAUCCCUGCUCAACAAGGCAACCUCCUGUAUGGCUGCAUAAAAAAUAACACUGUGGUGCAUUCGUUGUGUAUUGUGAGUUGGGGUUUUCCUUACUGUCGCUUAAAAAGGAAGCUGCUUCUGGUCCCUGAGUGAGCUGGGCAACGCCAGGUCCAGUGGGCAGAGGGAUCUCUUCUCCUGGCAGCCACUGCACUCCCCCCCCCCCCCCGCGGAACUUCGUGCUGUGUUUUCCUCUGUUUGAGCUGCUGGAAGAGAAAGUGGGGCCAACUUGUAGAGGAGCUUGGAAAGCCACUGGUGACUACCUGAAGAGCAACAGUGACAAAAUGACGAAAAUCGUGUGUUGAAAUCUCGUCCCAUUUUUGUCUUGAAUCAUGGAUGUAAACCAGUGUAAAAUGGCCAGCUAGGGGAUGGUUUGGCUAGGGAAGGCAGAGAAAAAUGUCUCUGGAAGCUGGACAGCAGAUUGGUGAAUUACUCCCAGCUGGUCUUACCUGCCUUCAAAGAAUUCUGUGGCUGCUGCUUAAGUCUGCUGUCUGCCAACUUUUACUGUACCUCAGGGCAAAAAUGGCAGUUCCAGGCUCUUUGGUUCAUGUUGUAGUGUUUCUGCUGCACACAUUGGAGCCAACAACAUAAGAAAACGGUGGAUCUUUGGCUCCCUGAAAGGCAAGUGAAGGAAUGGUGUGUGGGUGUGUAUUGGAUUAGUGGCUUCUGAACAUGAAGGAGGGAAAUGCUGCAUCCAGUCUUUUUUGUCUGGAAUAUGACAGGAAGCAGGCAGGUGACCAUACUGGCAACUGUUUGGUCCCCCAUCUUCAGUUCCCAAAGCAGGGUAUAGCAAAAGCCCCAUCAUUCACACAAGGUUCCUGUUCAAUACAUCAUGUUUGUGUGUGAGAAACAUUGGAAUUCUGAAUCAUCGGGAUUUUGCACUGUUGGGCCUUUUUUUUGAAAAAGCCACCUGGAACAACUGCUUUAGAUGAGCUAGAUCAGGAGAAAGGAGUGGUCUGCAAAACACCACUUGUCUUGUGGCAUGGGACAAACGCACCCGAUUCCCCUUCCCACCAACUCCCUGCCUGCUUUCACACCGGAAGGCCCUGCAGUGUGGACUGUCUUUGCUCCUGGACGAUUGUGCAAACCUGCAGCCUCUCCAUGGGAACAUGAAGAUGGGAAGAGCAGAGAAACUCUGCCCCUUUUGCCGCCCCUUCCUGCCUCCAUCCAGCCUGUCCCCCUCUCAAACCAUCCCUGUUAUUAAUGGGUAACUGGAGGGGCAGCUGAUGCCCCUCUUGGCAUUGGCAUCUUUGUAAAAAUGGUGAAAUUGUAACCAUGGCAAUGUUUUUUAAAUGUCUGUUUUAGUUUCGAAACCUGGUUUGUGUGUCUCUGCAGUUGUCAAGAGUAAGGCGUAGGGGCUAUUUAGUAAUUUACUUUUUCCUUCCCCCCCC